UUACUGGCAACGAAAAUGUCUAGCCAACAGCGACGACCUCAAUCUGCAACAACAUUACAUGUAAACGAUAUACAAAAUAACGGUACAGCGACUGGGUACAAAGUGCAAAGCGUUGAUGAUAAUGAAACUGUGUUAGUGGAAGACACAGCGCCCAACAGCAAGGAUAGUAACCGAAGCACCGCUAGAGUCCACAAAACCCAAAAAGUUGGAGCGAAAACCUGCGACACGCCACAGACAAGUGCCGAACACAUAGUGAAGGAUAACAAUAACUGCCAAACAGCGCAGCGAUAUAAAGUUGGCAGCGGUAAGCCGGAGAGUUUGGUGGCCAACGAAAAUGUCAGUGCGCUAGGUGUGAGUUUAAAAACAUCAAUUUACGACUGGGACUCACCCAGCUCAUUUACCGGCACUGUGAAGAGGCGGAACCGGCGUCCGCACACAGUAGCCAGUGCAUCCAUUCAUCUACCGCGUGGUUUGGGCCACGUGAAGGUACAGCAGAAUGCCGCUUCCGAAAACACCGCACUCUCAGUGAAAGCUUUGGCAUCUAAAAGCGCUGCGGCAAACACUGUUGAGAAAACCACCGAAGACAACCAAGUAAAUAUUUGUGAUAAUAAACGUAACAAUAAUGCAAUUAAUGAAAGUCAACGCUCGACAGUGGAGGUGAGUAGAAGGUUGCGACGUCGUACGAUACACAACGAAGUAGCCACACAUAAAUCUACUACGAAACUAGCAGCAAGCAACAUGCCGAAGUCACAACGUCAGGGUAAAGAAAAGUCAAAUAAGCUGCGACACAGCAAGUCGUUGGCCAGCGCGGAUCGUAAUGCGAAUAAUGCUGCGAGUGCGUCGUCGCUCACGGGUGACUACAGCGGCGAUCAUAAUCCCUUAACUGCGUCCGUACACUCGCAUAACAGCGCGCCUGGCACAAUACCGAAGACCGCUGGCACAUCCUCAUUGCAUGCUUCGCAAACGCAUAUCAAUCGUAAUCUUUGCAAUGCCACAUUUACACAUGCGAACGAGUUUCGCGAUGAUCCGAAUGCCAUACGUGACGCUAACUACAUGGAAUUGAGCUUCUACGAUGGUCGCUAUACAGGCGCUGAGUCGACGCAAUUUACCGAGCUCUUUUGUGAUUUUCCCGUGAGUUAUGAGUCUACGACGGUCAUUACGAAUUCACAGUUCGCGAAGUGUGGUCACUCGGCGCAGCAUUCACCGCAACCGCCGCCAUAUCGUGAGCCACCGCCACCAACGCCGCCACCGAUCUCGCAAAUGCCAACGCGAGAUUCGCGUUACCUCGCCAUGCAAACAUCUGCUGAGGGUGGUGUCUCCUUGUCGGCACCAGCGACACCGUCGCGCGGUAAAGUAGUGCUCAGCAAGAAGGAACGCAAAGAGUUGAGUAAGUUGAAUGCGCGUUUGGGUGUGUAUGAUGGCAGCGAACAUGCGGGCGGUAGUGCAAGCGCACAGUCUAGUCCCUAUAAGGGUCGCGUGUCUGAGUUGAAGAAUUGCUUGGCGCGUGGUUUAUUCGCAUCGCUCAGUCGCGGUUCGCAGAAGUCGCUUACAGCGAGUAGCGUGACGCAGGAUGAUGUGACAUCUUCGUCGAAUGAGGUUUCACCACCACCACCGGCGCCACCUGAUGCCAGCCCACCGAACUCAAAUGCUUCGAAUAAUAACGAUGCAGACUACAGUGAGAAAUUGAAGAACUUACCGGUGCGUCAACGUAAGACGCAUGUGUCUCAUAUGGACAACUACUGCUUAUUCGAUCCCGUAGACUUUAUAAAUGAGAAGGCUAUGCGUCAACGUACACAUGAGCAGUUAGGUGGUAUGUUUGAGCCGGCAGCGGUACAUGGUUUACGUGAUCCUCUAUUUAGUUCGCGUCAAAACUUAAACUUUAGUGAAGAAGAAAUCGUGCCCGAAGUCAUUUACAAUGAGGAAUUGCCUGAGGAGGAAGACUCCACACUCGUUGUAGAAGUAACCUUCGAGGAGGCUUGUGGUGGUUCGGUGCAUCCAGCGAAUUUCGACCAUCACAACUACUUUGUUAUCGAUCCAGAUGACUUUGAAGAGGAACCCGUAGCUGAUAUUGGCAUACCAAAUCCGUACACCAACGAGCAAUUGGUACAUGCAAACUUAGAGGCGUUGGCCGUACGGUCUGUAGCAAAUACCGUCGAGCCUAUGUUACGUGAAUCUGCCAGCUUGGAGCAGCUACUCGAAGUACUCGAUGCAGCGCCAAGCAUGUCGAAUAGUCAGGAAUCAAAGGACACAAAUACCACCGCCUCCACCACCACAACGACGUCUACGGCGCUAGUAGAAUCAUCCACCUCCACAAACUCAACGAGUUCUUCCACCUCCGCAACGUCUUCGCAAACGACGUUGCAACGCACAAAGAAGCGUUUAACCUUCUUGAAUCUUUCACCGUUUCGCUCGUCGAAACAUUCAUCCGCCAGCGGCAGCGCAGGCAGUUCGAAUGAUAAGCGCGGUAAACGCUCCGCGAGUAAUGACAAUAAAAUGAACAGCUCCUCCAUAUCCGAUGGUGCCGGCGCGUUAAGCACCGAGCAACGUGCCGUCUCGGAGCUGGUCAGUUCAGAGCAUAUGCUACACCUGCAGCAUAUGUUGCUUGAUGGCAAGGAACAUUUACGUGCGCGUACCGUGCCGAUCGAAUCGAAUUAUGUGCUAUUCAAUCCGGGUCCUGUGCCAAGUCGUAAUGUGCCGUAUAAAAUUCGUAAACCCCGACCACUCUCUUCGCAUAGCGAUGCGGACAGUGGUUUCUUGAGUCCUUGCUCGCCCGAUGAGCUGUCGGCUUUGAAAUUCAACUCUGCGAUUUUGGUGCUGCAGCAAUGCGACAGCGUACAGGGAUACAUUGAGAUUUACACCGACUGGGCCAACUAUUAUCUCGAACGUGCCAAAUCCAAAAAGAAAGUCACCGAUUUGUCAGCGGAUUGUCGCGAUGGCCUGCUACUCGCGGAGGUUAUUGAGGCGGUGACGUCAUUUAAAGUGCCCGAUUUGGUGAAAAAGCCGAAAACACAGCAACAAAUGUAUGACAACGUCAAUUCGUGCCUGAAUGUGUUGCGCACACAAGCGGUUUGCGGCUUGGAUAACAUCACCACCAAUGACAUUUGUGCCGGUCGCUUGAAAGCAGUUUUGGCGCUCUUCUUUGCGCUCAGCCGCUACAAACAACAAUCGAAGCAAGUAUCGACGAGCACAACGCCAAAUGCGAAUGUUGUUUUGGGCACAACAAAUACACCGGCUAACAAUACAACGACAGCUUCUACAACAAAUAAUACAGCGGCGACAGGCACCACAACUGGCGCCAGCAAUCAACAGCAGCAACAACAAAAUCAGCAACAGCAGCAGCAUCUGCAGAACGGCAAUGAAACGAUGUUGAAUAGACAAAUACCCACCGCUUACUCCAAGGCCAAUGGCGGCACAGCCAUACCGCUGCCCGCCACUGUUAUGGUGCAACGCCGUUGCCCACCGGACAAAGUACGACCACUGCCACCGACACCCAAUCACACGCCAUCCAUACCCGGUUUAGGAAAAAGCGGCGCUGACUUUAAUAGUGGGCGACCGAAUAGUCCACCAACCACUAAUCAUACUAUACAAAGUCUGAAAACUGGCAACAAUAAUGGCUUACGCCCACCGACCGUUAAAGCAGCGCAUGCGAGCGGCAUACCGCCACCGAGUGGCAUACCCGCCGCGGCCGGAAAUAUGGGACCAACGUUGCCACAACAAAAGCACUCCAUGCUUGACAAACUCAAGUUGUUCAAUAAAGAAAAACAACAACAACAGAACGCCGCCAAUGCCGCCUCCACCAAGAUGCAGGUGCAAUCGAAGCGCACCUCCUCAUCGUCGGGUUUCUCAUCGGCGCGUUCCGAACGCUCUGACUCUUCGCUGAGCCUCAACGAUGGACACAUAUCACAGAUCAAGCCACCGACGGUCAGCGUGACAUCAGGCAAGGGCAAAAUCAACACCAAACAAUCGAAAUUGAUGGCGGCACAGCUUAAGAAAGAGCAGACGAAGGUGAGCAAACUGGAUAAGAAGGAAAAGAGUCCAGCGCGCUCGCUAAAUAAAGAGGAUUUUAGCGGUGAGAGUAGAAACUCUACAAUGGGACGCGCAAAGAACUCACUGCCGCGCGUUACCGAAAAGAAUUCGCUGAAGUCCUCAUCGAAGGGCUCACUGAAUUCCAAGUCAGACUCGAAGUCCUCGUUGAUAGUACCGCCCACAAAGGGGCUGUGUAGUCCCAACGGCUCGAACACUGGUCUACCGAAACCAAUUGCCGCCAUAAAGGGUACCAGUAAAUUACCGCAAUCGCCUUUGGGUGGCGUUAGUGGCAGCAGCGAUAAUCGUGUCCGUGGCAUGAGCAACUCAAAUUCGCAGCAGGAGAUGAUGAAACGUGAAAAGAGUGACAUAUCAAGCAUGCAUGCAAACAUAUCUAGUGAGAGCGCAAGAACGAAAGAACUAACACAACAACAACAACAGCAGCAGCAACAACAACAUCAACCACAUAUCGUAAAACCGGUGCCGAUACUACCGGAACCGGGCAGCAAGCCACCAUAUUACGCUAACACCACAAACAUAUCACAACAGCAACAACAACAAUUGCAGUUGCAACAACAGCGCCAACAGCAAUAUCAACAGCAACAACAAGCUUAUUACAAUCAGCAGCAACAGCAACAACAAGGGCAUGCCACAUAUGUGAACAACAGUCGCCUGCCGCCACCGAAAUCCGCCACUUCACCUGCCGGCAAUGCGCCAGCAGCGCGCAAACUUGAAUACAACGCCGGUCCCGGCAUACUCGCCUCGCCACAGCGCUCACCACUACGCGGUCACGCGCAAUCACCUGACUCGCCAGCCGCACAUCAACACCAGCAUGCGCACUCGAACGCCAAGUUCCACACAAUACCCUCCAGAAUAGACACAAUCUACGAGGAGAAGAAACCGACGAGUCUGCUGCCGAUGCCACCGCUGCUGCGUGGCUACAACUCGCAUGUGACACUGCCGACGCGCGGUGUACGCGGCGGUGGCGCGCGCAAUUAUGUCGCCGAUUUCAUGGAAGCGGAAAUAAAUCAGGGUUACUGCAGCGAUGGCGAUUCGUUGAGAGUGAGCGCUUCAGCGCGCCUCGCGCAACGCGCGGCCGCUACUGCUAGACGCUAUCAUGACAUCGAUAAUGGUUAUUUGUCGGAGGGCAGUGGCAGUGUUGGUCACCAUGGCAUGCUCAUGGCUGGCGGCAUCAGCUCGGCGGCGCAUACCAAGCACUUCUUGAGCAUGAUGCGUGCGCGGACUCAACUGCCGACCACCAUCGAGGAACGCAUACGCAACAGUCGUGGCAGUCUCGAUAGCAUCGGCACCGCACCACCUUCAUCAGCUGCCUCACAGGCCAGCUCCAGCGGUGGCUCGAAUCCCAAAAUGGACAGCAACAGCGGCAGCGGUGGUGGCGGCGGCGGCGGUUCUGGUAACACCAGCGCCAAUGCAAGUCCACAACAUCACACACAUGCACAACACAUGCAACACCAUUCCGCCGGUGUGGUGGGCGUGCACCGCUCCAACUCACGCAACGGGCGUGACAACUGGACGAAAAUGCCGGAGCCACUGAACGGACACAAUAAAGGUGAAAAAUCUGAGAAGUCAUCGCCGUCAAGGCGCAGCGUGGGCGGCAGCAGUGGCAGUUCUUCCAAACAAGGUUCACCAUCGGGUCGCACAAAGGGUGUACCGCCCAGUUUCGGCUAUGUGAAGCGUACCAAUGGGAGUGCCACUGCAACGGCGGAACAACAGAACAUUGCUAUGAUGGGCGCAGCCAUGAUGAACGCCGGCGCUGGCGGUCAAUCGAAUGGCGGUGGUUCGCCGGGUGGCAUGUGUGGUGGCGUUGGACGUACAGCACACGUUUCGGCAGUGCCGCGUACGGCUACGGGUGCUGCUGGCGGACGAAAGGUGUCCGGUGGCACGCAGACGUUGCCCAACGAUAUGACAAAACUUCCUCCCAACACUCAACACCGCAGCUUCUCUUUAACUGGUCCCGGCGCAACACAGCUCAGUCAAUCGAUACGCGAACGGCUCGCUACUGGGUCGCAUAGUUUACCCAAGCCGGGCACGGACUUACAUCUGUUCCAACACAGAAUAUCAAAUCGUCCUGGCAAAAUGAUCGAUGGCUCACUCUCGGACACGCAAACCUAUGCCGAAGUCAAGCCCGAGUACAGCACGUACGCCAUGUGGCUGAAGCACAGCAACACGGCGGGCAGUCGCCUAUCCGAGGGCGAUUCGUUGGAGAAUAUGCAAAUCGGUUCGCCGGCAAUGACGCGCCAUAGCCAUAAAAUGUUGCAACAUCGCAAUGCUGCCGCAGCCGUGGCAGCAGCGGCGGCAGCUGCAGCCGCACAAGGCAAUGGCAUGCAGCAAGCGAGUGUUGUUGCGGCAGCGCCCGGUGCGGGCAAUGAGUCGCCAUAUGUGCAGAGUCCACGACUGAAUCGCAGCAAUAGCAUUAGCUACUUGAAAGAACGGACAUAUCCAAGAUCCACCAAAUCGGAGAAAAUGUACCCUUCGAUGUUGAGUCGAGGGCCCGAUGUCGAAAUCGAACCCUACUACUGCCUACCAGUGGGCACAUUAGCCGCACAAAAUGGUACGUUGGCCGCGCAAAUGGCCGCUGCUGCAGCGGCAGCAAUGUCACAGGUGACUGGACAGCCAACGGCGAGUGCUGGCGGCGCACCCGUGGCCUGGAGUCAACCGACUUCACCCACACCAAUUAGUCGCGGCUUUGGUGGUACGCUCUCACCGACACAUCCAGCCGGCAUGUCUGGCAUGGUUGGUCUGGUCGGCGCGGGACCGGGUAGUGGCAACACGAAUGUGUCCGCUCAUCGUCUCACAUAUCCCAAGAAGAAUGAUGAAGUACAUGGCAGCGCCGCAUCAUUGCUCUCCGGUGGCAGUUCGUUAUACGGUUCAGCUGAGGAGCGGCAAGCCAACGAGAUACGGCGCUUGAAGCGUGAACUAUUGGAUGCGCGUGAACAGGUGCUCAGCUUGAGCAGUCAACUGUCAACAAAUGCUCAUGUGGUCGCCGCCUUCGAGCAGUCACUCUCUAACAUGACGUCACGCCUGCAGCAUCUGACCGCGACGGCCGAGCGCAAGGAUGGUGAGCUCACCGACAUGCGGCAAACAAUCGAGUUGUUGCGCAAACAGUCCAUACAGGCGGGUCUUACUUCGGCGCAUAUGCAGAGUAUGGGCGUGCAGACUCAACAGCAUGAACAACAGCAGCAACAACUCGGCCGCACCGCCAUCACCCAGCAGCCGAUGUCGAAUCAAAAUGGCGGUGUAAAUGGCACUGCCUCAUCGACACCAUCAUCCACUGCAACCGGUGUUAUGCAACGCCACCACAGCUCCGAUUCGAUGUGCUCGUUAAAUUCGAUUAGUUCCGGCUGUUCGGCACAGGAUAAGAAACAAAAGAAAAAGGGUUGGCUACGCAGCUCCUUCACCAAAGCAUUCUCACGCAAUGCCAAAAUAUCAAAGACUAGUCGACAUGCCGGUCAUCAUCAUGUCGGCGCAGCUGGCAGCGCUGCAAACAAUGUUGGUGGUCAGGUAAUGCAUGGCAUGCAUGGCGACAGCAGCCACGUUUACAAUAAAGUUAAUGGUCAUAGUCACGCUGACGCCGUAGUUGGUUUGGCCGCUUUAGCAACACAACCGGCACCGCCACUGCCUGCAGUCAAUGCGUCGCCGACAAAAGGUAGUCCGGCGAAGACCGUAACACUGAUAGAUAAUGCGAAACCGAUCGACGCAAUCGACCACGAGGAUCAUCAGGUCGUAGAAGAUCUGAAGAAGCAAUUACGCGAGAAGGACUUAGUGUUGACUGAUAUUCGCUUAGAGGCGCUCAGUUCGGCAUCACAAUUGGAGAGUCUCAAGGAGACGGUGAAUAAAAUGCGCGCUGAGAUGAUGUCGCUGAAGCAGAAUAAUGAACGUCUGCAAAAGCUAGUAACUAGCCGUUCACUGGCGGGCUCAGAGGCUUCGUUGGGUAAUAAUGCCAUUAGUCCGAGCGGUUCUAUCGGUGAGUCACGACGUUACUCGCUAGCUGAUGGCAAUACGCGACCGCCAAUGGAAUUGCCAAAGCGUCUGGAAGAGGAAGUUGAAGAGGAGAACAUACCACCGGCACCAGCACCUGAACCACCACCGCCGCCACUAAGUCCCUCCACACAUAUCGAUCUGACACCACCGCCACCUGCACUCGACACAAUGCCCAGCCCAGCGCAUAUUGCAACCGCUGCGGUUGAGGAGCUGCCCGAUGUGACUGAUGGCAAAAAGAUCGCAAUCGCUUGUUAUCUGGGACAGCCAGAGUCAUUUGUUAAAUACUGCGAAGAGAUGCUCGAGGCAGAUGAAUUCUAUGCGAAUGGCGUGGAUGCGGAUGGUAUCAAUGAGCGCAAAUCAUUUCCCACGGCCAGUUUGAAUGAAUUUAUCGUUGCCUAUACAUACAUCUCGGGUAAGACCACCUGGCAGAAUUUGGACUAUAUUGUGCGCAAGACUUUCAAGGAUUACGUGUCGCGCAUCGAUCCCGGCACCAAUUUGGGUUUGAAUACUGACUCAAUUACAUCCUAUCAUUUGGGUGAGGCGAAGCGCGGUCCCGAAAUGGGCUUUCCUGAAUUGCUGCCUUGCGGUUAUAUCAUCGGCAAUGUACGCACGCUGUAUAUCUGUCUGCAAGGUGUGGGUAGUCUAGCCUUCGACAGCUUGAUACCGCGCAGCAUUGUGCAUCGCUACAUUAGCUUGCUCACCGAACAUCGACGUUUGAUCCUGUGCGGUCCCAGUGGCACCGGUAAAUCCUAUUUGGCGCGCAGGUUAGCGGAGUUCCUCGUAGCACGCACCGGACGCGGCAAUCCCUCCGAAGCGAUUGCAACAUUCAACGUCGAUCAUAAGUCCUCAAAGGAGCUGCGACAAUAUUUGGGCCAUAUAGCCGAACAAGCAGCCAUUGCGAAUGGCGCUUCCGAACUGCCAUCUGUGAUCAUACUGGAUAAUCUACAUCACGCAUCCGCUUUGGGCGAUGUCUUUUCCUGCUUGCUGAGCGCCGGUCCUGCCGGAAAGUUGCCCUGCAUAAUUGGCACCAUGUCUCAGGCCACAUGCAAUACCACCAAUCUGCAAUUACAUCACAAUUUCCGAUGGGUACUCACUGCCAACCACAUGGAACCGGUGAAAGGUUUUCUCGGCCGCUUUCUGCGUCGCCGUCUAUUCCAACUUGAACUCCAGACUGGCCACCCACAGCCCGAACUGUCCACUGUACUGGCUUGGUUGCCCAGCGUUUGGCAGCAUAUAAACCGUUUCUUGGAGGCACACAGCUCCAGUGAUGUAACCAUUGGUCCGCGUCUCUUCCUCGCCUGUCCAUUGGACUUGAAGGACUCGCAGGUGUGGUUCACCGAUAUCUGGAACUAUCACUUAUCACCAUAUCUGGUCGAGGCUGUGCGCGAGGGCGUGCAAUUGUAUGGACGCCGUGGUGGCGCCUGGAAUGAUCCCUCUAUUUUCAUACGCAACUCAUAUCCAUGGCCGUAUGGACCCGAUUCAGUGCCACCAUUGCGUCAAAUAAAUGCUGAAGAUGUUGGACUGGAGGGUGUGGCGGCCAGUAAUGGCGAUAACCCGGAUCCACUGUUAAACAUGCUCAUGCGUCUACAAGAGGCUGCGAAUUACUCCGAGAAUCAAGAGCAGGAGUCUGAUUGUGCGAGCUUAGACUCCAAUGUGACACCCGACAGUUCGGCGGGCGCUGAGUAAACGCCAAUUGCUGACUUGCUUAAGUUUCCUAGUAAGACAGUGGGCAGCGGCAGCGACAACGGACUUUGAGUCCAUAGUAAAACCUAAUCAAACACUAAAUACCUACUUACCUAACUAUAUAUACAAACAUUAUACAUACAUACAUAUUCGCUAAAAAUCAAACAUUCAUAUGCAUGGCUUUGUAUAUUUGUAAGUAUAUUUAUGUGCGUAAUGGAUAUUUUGUAAAUUAUCAAGUUGAAUGCGACUUUUGUUUAGGGAAUGCAACACUGAUUUUAAAGACUCAAUUUUGAUUUACAUAACCUCAUAAAUAAUUUGUGUGCGCGAUGUGUAAAUUAUUGAAUAAUGUACCAAAAAAAAAUAAAAAAAUAAAUAAUUGCUAGAUAUUGAGCUCAAUUGAAUUGUGAACUAGAUUUUUGAAAUUUAUUUAUUUUUUUUAUUUUUUUAAUUUUAUUAUUAUUUUAUUUUUAUUUUUUUUUUUUUUAAUUAAAAAAAUCAUAAUUUUUUUCCAACAUUUUUUAAUACUCGAAAAGUGUUUCUCAACACAAAAUACUCGAUUUUACAUUACAUUUUGGCAAAUAUUAAAAAAAAAAAUGUUAUUUAUUUUUUAAUCAACAGUAAAUAUAAAUAAAUUAUUAUUAUAUAUUUUAAUUUUUUUUUAUUUUUUUUCUUGACUGUACAAAUAAAAUUUCUUGCACUACUUUCGGCACUCAAUCGCACGAUUCAAAGAAAGCAGUUACAUUUAAGAAAAUUUUAUUUGUCACGACCCGCAGGCAGCACAAUGUUUUGAAAAUAUGCAGAAAGAGACUCCCUUUUAAAAUUGAACUGAAAAAUUGCACUUUUAAACGCACUUGUUAAAAAUGCAAAUUAUAAACCCAUAUUAAAGCUGCCUAACUUUGAUUUUGAGUGAAGUUUUUGUGUUUUUUAUGAUUUUAUAUUAAACUAUUGCUAUGCACAGUUAUUAAAAUUUUAAUGUUGAUUGAUAAAGAUAAAGUUUGAAAAUAUUGUGAAAAGCGGUAAACUAUUUUUUAUUUUAUAAUAUUUUUUUUUAUAUUAAUAAUUAUUAUUUUUAUAUUUAUUUCUAUAUUUUUUUGAUUUUUUUAACUAAUUUUUUUACUCACUGGCAAUUACAAUUUUAUAAAAUUGUAAAAUGUUUUUUUUUUUUAUUUUUUUUGCAUUUUUAUUUUUUAUUUACUCUUGUUCACACUUUUUUGCCAAAACCAAGUACUAUAUUAUUGCAUAAUUACAUUAAAAAUCAUUUGAACACAUAAAAACAUAUAAAUAUGUAUGUAUGUAUAGCUUAAAAGAAGCUAAAGAAUAUAGAAAAAGUCAUUCCACAAAAUUCAAUACAAAAGCAGCGCAUACUAAGUUCUACAGUAGUGCGCGAAAAAAAACAAUUGUGAAGUCAAAUACAAAUCCAAAAAAAUACAAAAUAACAAAAACAAAAUCAAAAUUGCAAUACCUACACAAAUCAGUGAUUUACAACAACUCCUACGCAUACAUACAGACAUUAAUAUUAUAUAGAUAAGCAACAUGUAAUCCAGAGAGUAUGACAGAAAACUGAAAACUAGCUAAAAUAUAAAUGUUAAAUGUCUAUUGAUUAUAUUUACAAAAACAAAAAUAUGUAAAGAAAAUACUACUAUGCAAGCAUAAAUUUACCGCUACAAAAAAAAAAAAGUCAUGCAAACUACAACACAUACCAAACUAACUGUAAUUAAAUAUUUAGUAUGUACUAACAAGAAAUAUGUAUUUGUAAAUAGUUAAAAUAAGCGUUAAGUUCCACGAAACGAAAAAAAAACAAAAUGAAUAUGAAAAUGAAUAUUAGAAUUCGUAAACCGCACGAUUUCACUAAGCUAAAUUUGGCGUAAUGGAAAUUGGUAGAGCGAAAAAGCAGCCAUAAAACCAUAAAGGUAAUGAAAUUGUUGACGAAAUGCAUAAAAGCAACAAAAAAGAGAAGAAAUGUCAAAUAUCUGUAUUAAAUGUAAUAGCAGCAACAAAUAAUGUGUAAGUGUAACGAAAAUAGUUGAAAGCUAUAAAAACAAAAAAACAAGCAUGUGCUAAUAUUGCUGUAUGUAUGUACCAUAUAUUUAAAAUUUAUUGAAUUUGUCACUUUUUAUACCCUACAAACCAAAAUUAUACCUAACUAUAUGAAAUACAUUACACAUACAUAAAUACGUACAUUAAAGCAACUAUAUACAAAUUAUUUUGCGAUGCAUAAUAUUGCUAAGUGGGGUGUGUAGUGUCAAGAAGAAGAAGAAGAAGAAGAAGCAUGCAUUAACUAACUUUUGCUACUAAUUCAUUAAAAACAUAAAUAAAUAUAUGAAAGCAUUGAAACCUUAGUCCCUUUGACUAUAGCGCAGGCAUGCGUGCAUAUAUAAUAACGGUAGAUAUUUUUAAUUAAAGCAAAUUAUAAAUUUACAACAAUAAUUAUUAUUGAAAAUAAACAUAAAAUAAUUAUGCGUAUUGUAUUUAUUUGAAGUUAAAAUAAAUAAAUACCUUAGCUAUGUUAAAAAAAUACACAAAAAAAUGUUUUUAUUUAAUUACAAAAGCAAACACAAAGCACGAAUCCUUAAUUGCUUAAACAGAUACGUAAAUUUUUGACUAUACAAAUUGUUUACAAAGUGUAUGAUAACAAAUAAAAAUUAUAUUAUUAAAGAACUGCAAAACUGUAUAGUUCACUUGACAUUUAAGUCAGCAAAAGCGAGUGAUUUCGAGCGCAAAGAAACAAAAACAAAAACAACAAAAAACAAAACAGCAUUUCCUAAUUUGUGCAUUUAAGUAGAUUUCGUGCCAUAUUUGUUGAAAAGAAUUUUAUUCACUGUGACGCAAAGCCAAACAAACAUGAGUUUAUUAGUUCAUUGGCUAAUCAAGAAAGUAUAAAUGUGUGUAUGUAAGUAACAAAAGCUAAUUGCGCUGGAAUCAAUGAUGAAAGUAUGCGGAAUCAAAAUACGAGCAAAGCGAACAAUAAUAAAGAGAAUAUUCAAUAUAAUAACAAGUCUGACUGUGUAUUUUUAUUAGCGGUGGUAACAGUGAGGCAGCACAAAUAGCUUUGGCCAAAUUUUAGCACUUCACAUGCGCUGGAAAGUACUAAACGUAAGAGUUUAUGGGAGUACACUGCACUUCAGCUCAAAAAAACAUGCUUAGUAAUGUAAAAUUUAAAUCAAACUAAUACACAUUAGUAGCGCUGGAGAAUUCUCUUUCAUUAGACACCUCAUUUAUUAAAAUCGGUUGGGCCGUUCAAAAGUUAUGCAUGAAAACAUAAACGCUUCCUCAUCGAGAUCUGCCUACUUGCUGUUUCUGGGCGCCUAGUAAAAUGAAAUCGUUCAGCAAGCAAAAUUUUGCCAUUCACUACUCAAAUUCCGAUGGAGCCAAUAUGCUUUUAGGGCAAAUUUUCUCGAUGUUUAUGAAUGUUUAGCUUAAAUUGCAUGCCGGUGUACUAGACACAUGGAGGAUGGGAGUAGGCAGCUAACCGAGGGAAGUGCUUGCAUUUUCUUGAAUAACUUUUGGAAAUGUCAACCGAUUUUGAUGAUUGAUGUGUCUAAGGAAAGGGAAUUGUCAGGGGUAAGUGCUCCGGACUUUAGAAAGAAUAGAAAACGACGAGGAAGUGUGAUAUUUCAGCGAAAUAUUGAAACUAUUUAUUAGCAGAGAUAAAUGCUUCUAGUUUUGAUGAUAUUUUUAUAUGGCAUAACGUGAAAAUAUAUGAUUUUGGUCAUGGAUUCGUGCGGUGGUUCCACAAAAUGUACCCAUUAAUGGUAUUUACUAUUUUCAACAGAUAUCGAGGUUAGACGGUAUUCCUGAUAUGAUUGUACAAAAUGAAAUUGACGUUCACACUUGAUUACCUUCGGUUUGGUUACAAACAUGUCUGCUAUAUAAUGACAAGUAAAGUACCGUUCUGAGGAAAAAGAUUUAUAAAAUUCACAAUUUUUUGGAUUUGCUGUGAAAUUUUAACAAAAAAUGGCCACUUCUCCCUAUAAAUCCUUGCAUUUCUCUUUAUACAUCAGUAUCCUAAUACCUCGAAAAACUCCUAAAGUAAACCAAACUUGUCUUUCCUAUUGUAAAUUAUUAAAUGACUUCCCUUUGGUUUUUCAAAUGUUUUUGUAUUUGAAUAAUACUCGCUGUUUGUUUGUUGUGUGUGGUUUUAACAUUAGAAAUUUACUAAAGCUCUGUUUUAACACUUUGUAGCUUCACAUAAUUAAUAAUAGCAUCGUUUACAAUGUGCCGUAUCGUUUAAAAUUUGUUUACAAGCUUUAAUACAAUAACUUUAACAUCGUAAUUUACUUUGCAAUGAUGGUAUAUUCUGUAGAGUUGAAUUGCUUUAGACUUAUUAAUUAACUGCAGAGGCAGCACUACUUCACAUAAUUA